AUGAUACGCACAUCAGGUCCCAGGAGUCGGUUCGCCGUCCUCGCCCUACUCGUCUUCGCUGCGCUCACAUUCCUCUUUCUUGGACCCUACAAAGCACAACUGCCCAGUGCAGCCUCAAUAAUUCACGAUGGCCAACAGCAGAGUCGUUCUAGUGGAGAGAACCAGGCUCUACUCACAGGGCAUGCGAUUGCGCCAAAGCUAGGAAACGCGACGGCCAAGGCAGAACUCGGCCGCGCGGCUUGGAAACUCAUGCACACGACCUUUGCUCGAUUCCCAGAAACACCUACAGACGACGAGAAGGAGGCACUCCGAUCCUAUGUCCAUCUGUUCCAGCGACUGUAUCCAUGCGGAGAGUGCGCCGAGCACUUUGGUCAAGUCCUCAAGAAAUACCCCCCACAGGUAUCGUCGCAAAAGGCAGCAGCGCAGUGGGGCUGCUUUGUACACAACGUCGUCAACAAGAGGCUGAAGAAGCCCGAGUUCGACUGCGACGAGAUAGCGAGUCACUACGACUGUGGCUGCGCGGACGAGGAGAAGGAGCCGAAAGCUGCGUGA